UUGUUUCUCAUCUCUCAUGUGUCUCAUGUCUCUCAUUAUUUCAGUGUCUCAUUUCUGUUUGUCAUUUUUCUCAUUGCUUCAGGGACUAAGUUUUUCAUCUCUCAUGUCUCUUAUAGUUUCUCAUCGCUCAUGUGUCUCAUAGUUUCUCAUCUCUCAUGCGUCUCAAUGUGUCCCAUGUCUCUCAGUUUCUCACCUCUCAUGCAUUCCUGUGUGUCUCAAGUCUCUCGUAGUUUCUCAUCUCUCAUGUGUCUCAUAGUUUCUCAUCUCUCAUGUGUCUCAAUGUGUCCCAUGUCUCUCAUUGUUUCAGUGUCUCAUAUCAAUGUUUGUCAUUUUUCUCAUUACUUCAGUGACUAAGUUUUUCAUGUCUCUCAGUGUGUCUCAUGUCUCUUAUAGUUUCUCAUCUCUCAUGUCUCAGUGUCCCAUGUCUCUGAAAGUUUCUCACCUCUCGUGUCCCUGUCUCACUUCUCUCAUAUUUUCAUUUGUCUCAGUGUGUCUUACAUGUCUCAUUUUCCCAUGUAUCUGUGUGUCUUAUUGUCUCUUGUGUGUCCUUUAUAACUAAUCUAUUUCAUGUUUUUUCAUGUCUCACAUCUCUCAUGUCUCUGUGUGUGACAUUUGUCUCAGUUUGUCUCACUCUUUCUAACGUCAACUGUCUCGUGCAUGUCUUUUGGAUAUUUUCUUUUUAUUUAUAAAAAAUAAUGGAUGUAUUUGUUGUUUGAUCACUGUUGGGUUGAUAAAGUUAAAUCAAAACACACCCAGCUCCUUCACAGCCUGUUUGUUUCAAACCUUCAAACCAGAAUCAUUUACCUACAGCAUGGCCUCCAUCUUUUAUUGGCUCUUAUUCUGAAAGGGAAGUCUGAUUAACCCAUGUAAAUUCAGAUCUACACGUGGGGCCAGUUUGUGGUUCCAGUCUCUGCAGGAGGUGUCAGAAUCAUGUUUUCAGAUCUGCAGAGGACAGAAAAACAAAAAUAAAUGAAUAACCUCAGCUGUCAGUUAAAUGAGAGACGGACUGGUCUGUCUUGGUUUCUAUUGAGGGAGCUUCACGUCAUCAUCAUUUCCGAACUGGGUGGAGUCAGGACAGAGCUGGGAUCAGAUGGGACAUUACAGCAACGUGAGGUGGACCAGCAGCAGAUGGACUGCAGGCUGUAGGACCGUCUUUAGUUCUGGGUCAGGGUCAGAACUGCAGAUGCCCUCAGGUCACAUCGUUCACAGGAACUUCUGUGCCCCCCAUCAGUUCUCCUCUUCCUCUCACUGUGUCUCCUUCAUCGUCUAUGUAAAAGGAAGCAUUACAUCAUGCUCCUCUGAGAGAUGCUGCUGUUGCUAGGUUACCGCUGGCAGACUCCCACUUCCAUUUUUAGAAGGAUGCUGAGAGACGGAGAGGUGGGGGAGGGGAUGGAGACAGAGAGGCAUGGAGAUCAGAAAAAAGCAAAGAUUUAAAAAAAAUGUUGAGAAACUAAUAUUUUUUUCAAACAAAAGACCAUAAACUGUGAAAACAUCCCUCAGAAUCUUCAACACCAGCUGUGGAUCUGCAUCAGAAAAACAAGAUUCAUUUAGUUAUAUUUUUAAUAUAAUGAUUCAUAGCAUUACAAAAAUAUAAUUAAGACAUUUACAGCUGUUUAAUAUUCAAAUAACUGAAAAUAAAUCCACUUUGUGAAAUGCAUGCUGGGAUAUUUGUGUGUUCAUAAGAAAAAAAAUAAUAAUAAAACUUGACACUGAGUCUCAGACCAUAACAAACAGGAAGUGAUCUGAGGUCUACAAACAAACAGGAAGUGAUCUGAGGUCUGGAACAAACAGGAAGUGAUAUGAGGUCUGGAACAAACAGGAAGUGAUCUGAGGUCUGGAACAACCAGGAAGUGAUCUGAGGUCUGGAACAAACAGGAAGUGAUCUGAGGUCUGGAACAAACAGGAAGUGAUCUGAGGUCUGGAACAAACAGGAAGUGAUCUGAGGUCUGGAACAACCAGGAAGUGAUCUGAGGUCUACAAACAAACAGGAAGUGAUCUGAGGUCUACAAACAAACAGGAAGCGAUCUGAGGUCUAUAAACAAACAGGAAGUGAUCUGAGGUCUGGAACAAACAGGGAUUAAUUUGAGAUAUUUGGAGGGUCAUGACGUCGCAGGAGGAGGUUUCUUCCUUCAGGAGGUUCUUUCAGUAUGUGGAGGACAGCGGACUCCGAACCUAUGAUGGUCUAGUGAUCCAAAAUGCCUCGGACAUUGCCAGAGAGAGCGACCGCAUACGGAACCAGACCAACUGGACCUAUCUACAAGAGAAACACCAGAAGAAGAGAAGGCAGGAAGAAGCCAUCAAAAGGAUUGGUGAAGAUGUUCCCACGGCAGCAGAUGGAGCGUACGCUGGAAAACAUUUCAGGAUGGGCUUCAUGACGAUGCCAGCCCCUCAGGACCGGCUGCCCACGUCCGGCCAGGGCUUCGCUGUUCGAUCCCAGUCCCUCCACUCAGUGGGAGGAGAGGAAGACUCCAACCAGAGUCGCAAGCAGCCCCCACCCAAACCCAAGAGAGACCCCAACACCAAACUGAGCAGCAGCUCUGAGGCGGUGGAUGGARGCUGUGGAUUCUCCAGAAGAGAGUACCAAGAAACCAAAGAUGUGCCGGAGCAGGCGGAAGUUCGACGACAACUACAUACCGAAGACUCCAAAAAGAUGCCUCCACCCAAACCCAGACGAGAUCCCAACACUCAGCUGAGCUCCUCCUUCGACGAGUCCUUCAUCCGUAACCAUGGCAACAAGAAGUCUUCCUGGCAAGGGGACAAAUCCUCAUCUCCGGCAUCCAGAGACACUGAUGACGAGGAGCCGGUCUACAUUGAGAUGGUGGGAAACAUCCUGCAGGAGCUGAAGGGUCAGGAGGCCGUGGAAGACGAGCAGAGCGAGUCGGUGUACGAGGAGAUGAAGUACCCGAUGCUGGAGGACUUCCUGCAGGACGCUCAGUCGGCCUUCAUUGAUGCAGAAACAUGGUUGUCCCGAGGUUUGCUCUGUGACAUCCCCCCACCCUUUCCCAACCUCUUGACCCACCGCCCACCGCUGCUCGUCUUCCCACCUGCUCCGGCUCAGUGCUCCCCCAACUCCGACGAGUCCCCCCUCACCCCACUGGAUGUCACCCGUCUGCCCAUGUUGGACAACACCGGCUAUAACAAACCAGGUGGUGUUGAGCACCCACAGAGCUCCGCCCACCACCGCAAAGACAGGGACAGAGAUCGGGACAGAGACAGGGACAGAGACAGAGAUCGUGACAGAGACCGGGACAGAGAUCGCGACAGAGACCGGGACAGAGAUCGCGACAGAGACCGGGAUCUGCCUUACACCCACACUAUUACCUCCUCUGGUCGCUCGUCAGCUCCUCCUCUUCCAUCUAACUUCUACAAAUCAACUAGCUCCGCCCACAGUGGUCAAGGUUACCCUCGUAGCCAAUCGGCGUGUCCCUCUCCAGUCAGCAAGGGGCGGUCCUUGACUCCUCUGAGCUUGAAGAGGCCGCCGCCGUACGACACUCUGAUAGCUGGAGGGAGCAUGCCUCGCUCUUCGUCUUCAUCGUCAUCGUCCUCACAGAGGGCGAGCGAGGGCGGGGCUAAGGUCAGCAGCUCCUCCUCCACCCACAGCUCCAUGCACAACGUGUCAGUGAGGUCACAGACGCCAACAAGUCCGCUGGAUGAACUCAGCACCCUGUUUACAUCGAGCAAGCAGGCGAUGAGGAGGACGUCAUCAGGGAGGAAGAGCAGGGAGGGCGAAGGAGAGUCCAAGUCACUGCCGAGACACGACAGUAAAGACAGAGAAGGACAGUCGAGUCCAGUGUCCAGCAGGAUGGGGAGGUCGUCUGUCAGCCCCACCAUGAUGCUGUCAGGAGGAGGAGGAGGAGGAGAAACAAAAUCUGUGUGUAAACUGGGUCGAUCUGCUUCAACGUCAGGAGUUCCAUCACCAGGUGGGACACCACUGCGUCACCUGCAGGAGUCCCAUCAUCCCGCCCUCAGCCAGAUGCCCUGGCUCUGUGGUGAUGCCACCAUGAUGGAGAUGAUUGAGAAGAAAAGAGUUCUGUGUCGAGAGAUCAAAGCUCGUCAGCGGCCAGAGAAGAACCUGUGCAAACAGGACAGCAUGCCCAACCUCCCCAGCUGGAAGAGGAAGCAGCCGCCUCCAUAUUCGGCCCCGCCCACCACCUCCGGACACGCCACGGUGUUCUGGGACACGGCCAUCUGAGCGGCAGCAGGAAGCGGAACAGAGAUUUAUCAUGACGUCACCUUGUGCUUUUYUUUAAUCAUCUUCACUAAAAAUCUUUCUGGAAACCCAGAACCAGGUUUUUCUCAUCAGCGCCGUGUCUGUAUGUCUUUGUGUAUCAGUGACAGGUCCAGAUCCUGGUUCCAACCUGAACCAGAACAGUGGGUCUGAGUCUUCAGACGCUCCUUCUGGCAGCAGACUUGUCUAAAAGUGUAAAGUCCAAAUGUUCUCAUUCUGUCAUCAGACCAGAAAAUACAAACAGGUCUUUUUAUCAGGUGUAGCAGAGAUUUCUGUCAUCUUUUCUUUCCUUUGGAUCUGUAAAAGAGUCAGGUGUUAUUUUUAGUCUCAGUCGUGCAGCAGAAACUAUAAACUCCUCUGUGUGAAAAAGAACAAACAUGAUGCUCAGAUGUGUUUUUAUAUUUACAGAAAAGACCACGAUCGUCUGCGUACAGUGUAGUCGGAAUGUGAAUGUUUUAUAUUUUAAAAAUACUAUGAAGAUAAAAAUAUUUUAAAUUGAAAUAUUUUGGCAGAAUGUUUUAUGGUUUGUUUUGACCUUCAGCCUCAGAAAUUUACUUUUCUCUCCAGUUUGAAAAAUAAAUCUGGUUUCACGUUGAGAAUUCUGACUCUAGUUUGACUCCCGUUUGACUCCAGGUUGACUUUAGUUUGACUCCCGUUUGACUCCAGUUUGACUCCAGUUUGACUUUAGUUUGACUUUAGUUUGACUCCCGUUUGACUCCAGUUUGACUCCAGUUUGACUUUAGUUUGACUCUAAUUUGACCCUAUUUUUACUCUAGUUUGACCCGUCUCUAGUUUGACUCCAGUUUCACUCUAAUUUGACUCUAGUUUGACUCUAGUUUKACUCGUCUCUAGUUUAACUGCAGUUUCACUCCAGUUUGACUUUAGUUUGACUCUCGUUUUACUCUAGUUUGACACUAGUUUGACUCCCGUUUGACUCUGGUUUUACUCGUUUGACUCUAGUUUUACUCCAGUUUGACUCCAGUUUGACUUUAGUUUGACUCCAGUUUGACUCUAGUUUGACUCUAGUUUGACUCCCGUUUGUCUCCAGUUUGACUCUAGCUUGACUCCCGUUUAACUCUGGUUUGACUCUAGUUUGACUUUAGUUUGACUCCAGUUUGACUUUAGUUUGACUCCCGUUUGACUCUAGUUUGACUGGUUUGACACUAAUUUGACUCUAGCUAGACCCGUCUCUAGUUUGACUCCAGUUUCACUCUAGUUUGACUCUAGUUUGACUCUAGUUUGACUCGUCUCUAGUUUGACUACAGUUCCACUCCAGUUUGACUUUAGUUUGACUCUCAUUUUAAUCUAGUUUGACACUAGUUUGACUCCCGUUUGACUCGUUUUACUCUAGUUGACUUUAGUUUGACUCCCGUUUGACUCGUUUGACUCCAGUUUGACUCGUUUGACUCCCGUUUGACUCUAGUUUGACUCGUUUGACACCAGUUUGACUCCUGUUUGACUCUAGCUUGACUCCCGUUUUACUCUGGUUUGACUCUAUUUUGACUCGUUUGACUCUAGUUUGACUUCAGUUUGACUUUAGUUUGACUCCCGUUUSACUUCAGUUUGACUCUAGCUUGACUCCCGUUUUACUCUGGUUUGACUCUAGUUUGACUCCUGUUUGAGUCUAGUUUGACUCCUGUAUGACUCUAGUUUAACUCGUUUGACUCCAGUUUGACUCGUUUGACUCCUGUUUGACUCAUUUGACUCCAGUUUGACUCGUUUGACACCUGUUUGACUCCUGUUUGACUCUAGUUUAACUCGUUUGACUCGUUUGACUCCUGUUUGACUCGUUUGACUCCUGUUUGACUCUAGUUUGACUCGUUUGACACCAGUUUGACUCUAGUUUGACUCCUGUUUGACUCUAGUUUGACACCUGUUUGAAUCUACUUUGACUCUAAUUUGACUCCAGUUUGACUGCAAUUUUACUUUAGUUUAACUCCACUUUGAAACUAGAUUUUAAUUGGAUUUCAGUUUGACUCUAAUUUGAAUCUAGUUUGACUCUAGUUUGACUCUAGUUUGACUCCAGUUUGAAAGCCAAACUCAGCUCUAGUUUGACACAGGUGAUGAGUGUCUGCAGGUCAGAGGACAAUCAGGACCGGUCUGAUAAAUCCAUUUGGUUCUGAAAGCAUUUGAGAGGAAAGCAGGAAGUUACUGAGCAUGAUGAGAAGGACGCUCACAUUUGACUCGUCUGAAAUUGUUCUCCUCAGAAGCUCUGCAGGCCUCURAGAGACA